GUAGAAACCGCAUUCCUGCUCCCUCGUGCCUCAGCUUUUCAGCAGCUGUAGCAUUUCCCUGAGAUCGGCUGAAGUGGUACAGGGUGGUUUUUUUCUCCCCUCUUAUGUCCUAGGUUUUUGCUACGAGACACUGAUUUGUCUCCAGUGAGCGAAAUCACUCUCUGUCCGUGCCCAGGCGCCAUGCCCCAGGCGCGAGCGAAGGAGAUCCCGCGGGAGGAGGGCGAGGGCGGCUCCCGCAGGAGCAGCUGGGGGCUGUUGGUCACGGCCGGUGUGGGCGGGACCUUGGUGGCCCUCUAUGCUGUGACCACCCCUUUCGUGACCCCGGCCUUGAGGAAGGUGUGCCUGCCCUUCGUUCCUGCUACCGCCGCUCAGAUCCGGAAUGUGCUGAAAAUGUUGGAAAACAGAAGUGGCUCCCUAGUUGACAUUGGUAGCGGGGAUGGCCGCGUUGUGAUAGCAGCUGCAAAAAAGGGAUUCCAGGCUGUUGGUUAUGAAUUGAAUCCCUGGCUAGUCUGGUACUCCAGAUAUCGUGCCUGGAGAGAUGGGGUACAUCAGAACACCAAAUUUUAUAUUUCAGACUUAUGGAAGGUUUCUUUUUCCCAUUAUAGCAAUGUUGUUGUUUUUGGAGUACCUCAGAUGAUGCCACAGCUGGAGAAGAAGCUGGAAGAAGAACUUGAAUGUAAUGCCAGAAUUAUUGCCUGUCGCUUUCCUUUCCCUUGCUGGAUUCCAGAUCAUACUGCUGGAGAGGGAAUAGACACUGUGUGGGCCUACGAUUUGAAACAUUCUAGAGGAUGUGAAACAAAAAGCUUGGAAAUCACACCAGAGACAGAAUCUUAAACAUAUUUGGUUUCCUACAGAAAUUUUUAGCUUUGACUGAACCUGUCAAAGAUAAGAUUAAUGUGGAAUGAGCCCUGGCAUAUGCAGAUGUGUAUUCACUGUAAGAACUGAAGUACAGUGAUUGUCUGAAAGCACAAAGGUUACUCAAAGGUGUAGUAAAUAUGGUGUUCUGAUUUAACCCCAUCUAACAGUGAAGUACCACACAGAUGUUCACUCACCCCAGUCCCCAGACUCCCCCAGUAGGAUGGGAAAGAAAACUGAAAAAAAAAAAAAGGGUCUUGCCCAUGCCCAUGUAUUGAGAUAGGAAGAGUUCAAUAAUUGAAAUAAAUUUACUGAUAAUAACACCAGCAAGAGAGGUGUAAAACCCAAGAAAGAUGAGUGAUGCACAAUAGCCUUACACACCACCCACUCAUGUAUGCUCAUGCCAUCUCAGAGCAGCAACUGGUCCCUCCUUGCUAACUCUCCCCAGUUUAUAUACUGGACUUUAUGUUCUAUGGUGUGGAAUAUCCCUUUGGCCGGUUCAGCUCAGCUGUCCUGGCCAUGCUUCCUCCUGGCUUCUUGCAGAAUUCCGCGGCAGAGUGCGAGAAACUGAAGUCCUUGGCUUGGAGUAAGCACUGAUCAGCAUCAACUAAAACCAUUAGUGUGUUACCAGCAUUAGUCUUCUCUAAAUCCAAAGCACAGUGGUGUACCAGCUAAUAGGAAGAAAAAUAACUGAAAGCAGAAUCCAUAGUUAGGCAGAAUUACAAAGCAGUUUUUAUAGAAGUGGAAGAACUUCAAUAUGGAGAAGGGGUUAGAACAUCGUUCACUGCAGUAAAGGAAAGUAUAUAUUGCAAGUUCAAAUGCUCAAAUUUGUGAACUUAAUAUAUAUGUUCUUUCUGACCCUACAGAGCAUUCACUAUUGGUGUUGGAAUGGUGUGCAAGUGGCUUCUCAAAUGAGCUGUAUUUCCAAAAUAUCUGAAUUAUAUAUGCCAAGAACAUAAUGCUGCAUACACAAAACUAUUCCAGAUGGAGUAUGAUGAUGACACUGAUGUUUCACACUGUAACCUUGAAGAAUGUGUACUUUUAAAAGUUGAGUAUGACAAAAGGGGCGAGUAUAACAAAUUGUUUGUUCAUUAGUGCAAGUGCUACCUGUGAUUAUAUUAAUGUAUUUUUUUAACUUGUGUUCUAUUUUAGCAUCAGCUUGAAAAUAAACUCCAAAUAAGCUGCC